AUGACGCUCCUUGACACCAGGAUGAUGUCUAAUCAGUCACCUCAACCAACAUCACAACUCCCUUCCUCGCCUCUUGACUCAGGCACGAGGAGCCGGAAGUGUCUGGGUGGCAGUCUUAACUUCCAGUGCAAUGGAACCACUAUCGUGUCUCCCAGUGGAAGCCUUCCUCCUUUUGGAGCCAAGAUCUCUCAGCUCAGCUUUAGAGUGCUAAAGAAAAUCUUGGAUAAUCUAAUGUCUGAUUUAUCAUGCCAUGUCAUAGAACCGUCAUAUAAAUGUCAUUCUGUGGAAAUUCCAGAACGUGGCCUUAUAUACGAGCUAUUUAUAGCCUUUCAAGUUAAUCCUUUUGCACCAGGAUGGAGAAGUCUAUGCAAUAAAUCUGAUGACUGUGAAGAUAUUACUAAUCAUAAUGUCCUCCAGGCAAGAAAUCGAAUAGAAGAAUUUUUUCGGAGUCAAACAUACAUUUUCUACCACCACGUUAAUAAAACUGUACCAGCUAUGCAUUUUGUGGACCACAGUUUUCAAGUAGAACGUCUGGAUAGCUGUCGACCAGGCUUUGGAAAAAAUGAAGGUCUACACAGUAAUUGUGCUACCUGUUGCGUGGUUUGUAGUCCUGGGACUUUUAGUCCUGAUAUUGAUGUUAUUUGUCAGCUCUGCAUUUCCAUCCACAUCUACGGAGCUAAAUCUUGCCCAUAAACUUCAAACAAAAAUCAGCAAUAUGAAGGCUAGAGGUGAAAGCAUUGUUACCCGCUUGUGCAGGUGGGGGACAAAUGAUUUGUUCACAUCCCAGAGCAUCAUAGAUAUUUCCAUUAAGUAACAUCAAUAAGACCAAAACACUGGUAAACAUACUUUAUGGAAAUUUUAAAAGUUGGCAUAGCAUUUCUAAGAAGGAAUUUCACCCAGUAUCUCCAGUAUACAAAGAAAGGAAAGUUUUAAGUAUUAGUGGAUGAUUUUUUAAUGAAAUAUGUUUUGUUGUUUACAAACGGAAUCUGUUGCUCUUGUACCUAAGACUAUAUUAAGGUCAAGAAGAGUGGCAAAGUAUCAUAUAAUAAAAAUUUUAUACUU